GUUACGUCACGGUGGGCGGAAGUCACGGCCGCUGUUUUGAAAUCGGGCUGCCGGAGUCUUACAAGCCCGUCCACGCUGAGGCCCGCAGCUGCCCACGCCGGGCUGACCCACUGACGCUUCCUCCCUGGCCCUGCCGGCCAGAGGCCGCAGCCGCGGCAUGUCCACCCCUCCGUUGGCGGCGUCGGGUAUGGCGCCCGGCCCCUUCGCCGGGCCGCAGGCUCAGCAGGCCGCCCGGGAGGUCAAUACGGCCUCGCUCUGCCGGAUCGGGCAGGAGACGGUCCAGGACAUCGUGUACCGCACCAUGGAGAUCUUCCAGCUCUUGAGGAACAUGCAGCUGCCAAAUGGUGUCACUUACCAUACUGGAACAUAUCAAGAUCGGUUAGCAAAGCUACAGGAUCAUCUUCGCCAACUUUCUAUUCUCUUCAGGAAGCUGAGAUUGGUCUACGACAAAUGCAAUGAAAACUGCGGAGGAAUGGAUCCCAUUCCAGUAGAGCAACUUAUUCCGUAUGUGGAAGAAGAUGGCUCAAAGAAUGAUGAUCGGGCUGGCCCACCUCGUUUUGCUAGUGAAGAGAGGCGAGAAAUUGCUGAAGUAAAUAAAAAACUCAAACAGAAGAAUCAACAGCUGAAGCAAAUUAUGGAUCAAUUACGAAAUCUUAUCUGGGAUAUAAAUGCCAUGUUGGCAAUGAGGAACUAAACUGAUAUUUAAAUUUCCUGCUUUACACGUUAUGCCAUUUUUUUUUCAAGUAUUUUUUCCCUUUGAAGAAGAGUAUUUGUCUGCUUUUAUUCUAGUCACUAGAAUUAAAGUUCCUAUUUUUACAUUGUGGUUUUAUGUUAAAGUGUUCAUUAGCAGUUUUUUUUUAAAGCUGUUGAUUCUAUGAACGAUAAUCAUAAUAAACUUUGAUGGGGUCUGUGUUUUGGUUAAUCUUCAUGAAUUGAAUAAUUGUUUUUUAAAAGCAAAAUAAGUUUUGUAAAUAAAUUUU